UUUGUAUGCCCGCUACUUACGACCUACUUACUCUCCGAAAUCACUCUGUUUAUAUCUUUGUCUAGAUGUAUUAUAGAUAAUCCGUGUUUAUGAUCACCGGUUCAGGCUACAAAAUGAAUUGUGUUAACUUUCUAAAGCUGUGUGAUUAACACAUGUAUUUGUUUUACAUUUUUAGUGUCUUAAAACGACAUACAGUUGCACAAUUGAACGGUAUAGGUUAGUUAUAUUAAUUAUUUUCGACUAUAAAUUUUCAUCGUAGUACUGUGCGAACAUGGCGUUCAUAGAUUGAACAGGUAUAACCACAAACAAGUUAUUAGAUGACAGUGCAGUGUACGUAAAUGGGUGGUAUGCGUGUGAAAUAGUUGUACAGAAAAUGAAGUUAUUUAUAUUUACUUGUGAAAUGUCCGCGUUUCUACACGGUGUGAAGGAUGUCAACGUGUGAUGAUAAUCACGAAAAUUCAUAAUUUCAUCCAAGAUCAUGUUCAGCAAGAAACUACAUGCGGACGUCAAGAAGUCUACACUUAAGAUUCAAGAUUUGAAGAAAGAUUCUGCUACACGUCUCAAACACCUGAAGAUAAUUUUAGAAAAUGUGGAUGCAGAAGAAGCAAAAUCUAUCUUUGAGGCCAACUUCAGUCAUAUCUAUUACGUCUUAUAUGACACUUUUGUGACUGCAGAGACAAACUUGCGGCAACGAGAACUGUCUUUUCAUCUUGUUCACAAGGCACAUCGGGAGGAGUUGGAAUGUGUCCUCCAAGUACUGGAGAAAGUCCUGGUGUAUCUGCCAGAACUUUUGUCAAGAAGAUGGCAGUGCCACAGUCUUACCCGCAUUAUGACAAAACUCUUGCAUCCUGGAAACUCGUGGAAACUGAGACGCGAGGCUAUAAGAUAUUUUCUUAUGUGGUACCAGGCAUUAGGUGACAAUGCUCCAGAGACCCUUCAUGCUAUAUUUGCAACACUGGUGCCAGGUUUUCCCUCACCUUUCCCUGGGCAGGGACUUUGUACACUGAAUAGGAGUUCAACUUCUGUGUUUCAUGAUACUUCCCAUGUGACUGCAGGUCCAGUGAAUGCUGUAGAGAUUCAACCUCUGCUGCCACCACAAAGUGGAGAGAAGCAGCCAGAUGAUCCCAUGAGAUUUUUCCUUGAUUCUGUGCUAGAGUUUAUUGUUUCUCAGGUUACAAAGGUAGAGUGGCGCGACAGGCUGUGCAGACAACACAAGUGCUUCAUGUUCCUGUUUGAAAGAUUCAAACAAUAUUAUCUGCCUCAUAUCUUUCCCCAGUUUUCAUUUGCUACAAGUCUCUACAAACCAGUAUUAGAUCUCCCAGUGCUGAGGAAGGGUUCUCCUGGACCUAGUGAUACUCCAGAGGGUCGGAGACGACAGGACCCUUUUGUUAUCUGCAGAGUAGUAGUUAUUAAAUGGGUUGCCACUUUUACUCACAUUACAAAGAAAGGGGAUACACCAUUUAUGCAUACACAGUCAAAUAGUAGUGUAACUCCCAGUGAAGAUGCUGAUCAUUCCCCUGGUACAGAGCUCCGUCGUGUGAGUGUGAGCCAAGCUGGGUCCAAUCAUGAUGCCACCUUGCCUGCAUCAGAUUCCAAUCAUUCCUCUGUAUUCUCACACACAGAAGGUGGAAACCAUUCACUGAGUGAGGAUCCAAAUGCAGCUGCAGUGCAUUUAGUCCGUGAAGUCUUGUACAGUAAUCGUGAUAAUGUCAACUUUGUACAUGAAGUGUACCGGCAGGCGUUCCUUCUCAACUUUACUCAUUCCCCUGCCAUCCGAAAAGCCAUUGCUGUUUACAAGGAUUGGAUUCAAAUGAAUGUUCCUGAACUGCCUUCCUUCAUGCUGGAGCCUCUGGAAAGUCACAAAGAAGAUUACUAUAGAAGUGGUCCACCUUCCUUUGAGUACUCAUCCAUGGAGGGCAGUGAAACAUCCGAGUCUUAUCGUGUAACUCGACUCAGGAAUGAUUCUUACCUUGGAGCAAUUCACCGGGAAAAUCUUCUAGUUCGAGCUGGCCUGCAGAAUGUACUGCAAGUGUUCAUAACUCACGCAGCAAAUGUGUUCAUGCUGGAAGUUAGUCCAGAGUACCCUCUGCUACUCGAGGAGCAGGUGGACACAUGUAAGCGGGUUCUUAACAUAUAUCGCUACAUGGUGAUGCACACCCGCAUGGAGUCCCGGACUUGGGAACAGCUGCUACUGGUGUUACUCCAAAUUACAUCCCUCAUCCUAAGUAAAACUCCACCUAAACGCAAGGAGGAAACCCUUGGUGGGAAACUGGCACCAGCAAUAUUUCAGACGUUGAUAGUGACAUGGAUCAAAGCAAACCUUAAUGUUGUCAUAUCUGCGGAAUUAUGGGAUCAGUUCCUCAUGGUUCUUUCGUCCCUCACGCAAUGGGAAGAGCUGAUACGUGAAUGGGCAAAAACCCUGGAAACUCUGACCCGAGUGUUGGCUCGCCACGUGUAUAAUCUUGAUCUGACCGAUUUACCACUAGAUAGACUAACGGAACAAAAAGCAAAGAAACGAAGAGGUGGCAAACAGCAGGCUGGAAAUGGGGAUCAGUCGCGGGCAAGCUUCAGCAGUGCAGGGAGAAGGGGAAGUGAAAUGUCUUCACAGGGCAAGACUCUGUCUCAGUCACAGUGUCCUGUCCAGCCUGAAGAUGGCUGUAGCAGUUAUACCUCCCCUGAUAAUGGACUGGGUUCAUUACGUAUCCAUGGGAGUCCAAGGAAGCGUCGCGAUAGCUCAGGUGAUUCAUCUCAGCGAUUGCAUUUGCCUCGAAGUGUGAGUGAAAGCAACUUGACGUAUGGCCGAGGUGGUGCCCCAAGGAAGAGGGGGAUCCAUACAUCAAGACCACAGAGUAAUACAGUUGUCAUUCCAGUAUUGCCAAUAUCAGUUGAGCAAGAAGUUGCCCGUCUGAUGGCCAGUCCUGAAUCAAGAUCUGUAAAUUACCAGUCUCAUAACAGGCUGUCCAGAAAGUCUCGUUCAAUGGAUUCCUUGCGAGGAGUUCGGUCAGGCACACCAAUUCAGUAUUCUGAAUCAGAAGGACCAACACGUUCUCCUUCUCCUGCGGCAUCGAGUGGUGUUGAAAGCAAUUCUAUCAAAGACUCUCCAAUGCAAAUUGAUGUUCUUGGUGGUGGUGAUGUUACAAGUUUAGAUGUGCCAGAUGGGGGCAGCCUGGAAAGGCGUUCAGUUAUGGCAGGAGGUUCGGUACGUGGUUGGUUACCGGAUGUAGCUGUAGUGCUUUGGCGACGUAUGCUUGGAGCACUGGGUGAUGUGAAUCAGCUUAUAGAUCCAGCCCUGCACAAUCAAGUUUUUGAGUAUCUUGUGGAGCUGUGUGAUACACUUGCCAAGAUCCGUCUGAACCAGGGUGUAUCAGGUGAUAAUCAGGUCACUCCGCCUCCUCCAGAUCUCAUUCCUCCUUUCAAUAUUAUUGCACCAUGGUGCUUUAAGGCUCUUACACUUCCCAGUAGUUAUCAAAAAGGUAAACUGUGUGCAUACAGGCUUCUGUGCACCAUGACUGUUACCCCACAGGAUAUUUCCUCACCUCGUGAUCACCUUGUGCAGUUUUAUAAAGUUUUGCACCAAGGAUUAGUGGGGACAGAUCAGGCUGUGAUCAACACACUUAUUCAGUUCACUGGACCUCGUUUCUUCUCACUUAUGUUACCUGGCCAUUCACUGCUUCUAUAUGACAUUAUUCAUGCAGCCAAUACCAUUGUUUCAUCAUCUGAUCUGCGUGGGACACCUCGAACAGAAGCAAUGUCAAUAUUGGGUGCUCUUCUCUGCCUGCCAAACACUUUUGCUGAAAUGCCUGUCCUCCAACCAAAUGCUAGUGAGUUUACAGUGAUGCCUUGUUCAGAUGCAAAGGAUCAUAUAUUGAGCAUAUUGCUGAAAUGCGGUAAACGUGAACCAGCCGGUCUAGCUCGUUGCAUUGCUUUGUCCAGCCUUGGAAUUUAUUUAUACCACGAGCUUACCCAUGAAACUUUUUAUCCAAAGAUCAAGGAGGCUGUGAAUGUUCUGUUAUUGGCUCUUAGGUUUAACAACAAAAUAAUUGGGCAGGUGGCAUCUGACAUCUUGCUGCUUCUGUGUGAUCAUGCCGAUCGACUCAUAGAGCGUUAUCCAGAGAUCCCACCUCGGAUCAUUGAGGUAUUAGCACUGACGAUAUCUCAUCUGAUGCCGCAAAGUAUUGUUACGAUGUCAGAGCGAGACAAGCACCUUCUCACUUCUCUCAUGUUUUGUCUUGGAGAGUGGUGUAUGAGGAUUCCUGCAAAUUGUUUGCUUGCAUCGUACAAUGGCUCCUGUCUUCUGCUUACAGUAUUCAAGGUCCUAAAUCAGUUACGGAGAGGUACCAGUGGUUCAAAUGACAGUGGCUCAAUUGGUGGUUUGUUUCAACCAGACUUUGUACAAGAUUUUGAUCCUAACAUCCUACUGGAUGAUUUGAAGGAAGUGGCUACCCCACCUGUUGGGCGCCGGUCAUCAACAAUGACACAUGAUAGUGGAACCCCAUCCCACCAUCACCAUUCCAGCCAGUCUGUCCAGAUGGCUGCAAGAAUGGUGAUGAUGCAUCUAAUAAACCAUCUGGGCCACUUUCCGAUGGGAAUUGGAGCCGCUCGCUUAUCGUCCAUGGUGGUGGAACACGAUGAUGUGCCUGGCCUCUCAGCAGAUGAACUCAGUUCUGAAGUCUUCUCUGCUCCAAAUAUCCAGCUUUUCGUAUUGAGCAACAGUCUUCUGGUGUCAUUAGUCGAGUUGCCAGCUCUGGAUGUGCCAGGUGGUGGGGUAACAGCUGGACUGAGAACUGCUCCCUCACAAGUGAGAGUCAUUUUAAGGGACCUGAGUGGGAAGGCAUCUUGGGAUGCUUCCAUCCUUUACUGCAGUCCUGAGGACUCCGUAUGCUCACAUCGACAUGCCAAAGAAGAAACAGAGGAUGGAGUUAGAACUGCUGGUUUGCCUAGGCCCAUAUCAGUAUCAUCUAGGUUAGAAGAGGCUAUGUUGACAUCUAGUUUUGUAGGUGGUGAACUUCAUAGUAGUCCUCCUCAGCACACAUUGCGCCAUCGCCCACCGGAUAUACUCCCAACCUGUGAUAAUGGAGCUGAAGACAUGGAUAACUUGGAUGAUCUUCUGCAGUAUCUAGGUCACACAAGUCCAGAAUGUUUGGAGAGUCUGGACACCCCUCGUAACAUUCCUGCACCUCCACCCCCUCCACUGACAAGGGAAGUAGAGGAAGACACCAUCACCAUGGUACUUAACCAACGAAAUGCAGAGCAGGAGUAUUUACAGCGCCAUUCAGCAGAUAUUAUGAUGCAAGCAGGAUGCAUGACAACGUUUCCUCAUCAGUCAUCGCAUUCACCCUUUCAGCACUGUCGGCUACUUUUCUCGCAGUUGGGCCUUGCUGGCUGGGAACGUCGUUCACAUCUUCACCUGCUGUCAAAGAAUGAGAAACUGCUACGAGAACUGCGUAAUCUUGACACUCAGCGAUGUCGGGAGACACAUAAAAUUGCUGUUGUGUAUGUGGCUGAAGGUCAGGAAGACAAGAAUUCUAUUCUGUCCAACACAUGUGGAAGUCAGGCUUAUGAGGAAUUUAUAGCAGGAUUGGCAUGGGAGGUUGAAUUGGAAUCACAUACAGGAUUCUUGGGAGGCUUGCAGCGCAAUAAAAGUACUGGAGAAACUGCUCCAUAUUAUGCCACAUCAUUCCUAGAGGUCAUAUUUCAUGUGGCCACUAGGAUGCCGUCUUCUAGCCAGGAAUCUUUACUGCAAAAGACUCGUCACCUGGGAAAUGACGAAGUGCACAUCGUGUGGUCGGAACAUUCCCGUGAUUAUAGACGUGGUAUCAUACCGACUGAAUUCUGUGAUGUACUUAUUGUUAUCUACCCUCUACCUAAUAGGCUGUACCGCAUCCAAGUAUCUCGAAAGCCUGAGGUUCCUUACUUUGGCCCGUUAUUUAAUGAAUCGAUUGUAGAUGAUAAGGUACUGCCUGGGCUGGUGCGGGCGUCAGCCAUCAGUGCAUCAAGAUCAAAGAGGAGCAUGCUGCCAUUCUACCAAAACUAUUAUGAAGAACGUGCUAAGUCUCUAGAGACAGUCAUUCGUAACCACAAGGAUGCUACAACAUUUGAAGAGUUUACAGCACAGGUUUAUUCUCCAGUUCAGACUGUGUCACCUUUCUGCCCUGGUCCAAAUCGCUCAUCAGGCACUUCAUUGAGUUCUCGCAGUCCUGAGCCAAGUUGUACAGCUACGUCGAGCUCUACCUUGGCUGCGGCAUUGCUUGAUUCUCACCAGCAUCGAUUUGGGUACCGCAGCAGUAAUGCUGCAGGCCAAGACAACCGUAUGCGGGGAACAGACGGAGUUCGAGUGUGGUUUGCAAGCAGUGAAUGUGCUUCAUCUGAUGCUGGUUUACAUGGUAUUUCACCUCGACCCCUCAAGAAACUUUCAUUCAAGACCACAGCUCGGAGAUCUCUGACUGCCAAAUCGGAAUCAAUUUCUCUUACACCGCCUGACAGCCCCACAGCUAGAAAAUCAAAAUAGUUCUAUGCUCAGCUUCAAAGUAUGUACAUUGAACCAACUAAUGCAGAAUUAGCAUUGUCUCUCCUGUAGAGAAACUAGGUUUUUAUAUUAGUGUACAUUGCAAAAUAAAGGCAAAUCAUUUCUUAGGUACAAAAAUGUAUUUGAUCACAAUUUAAAGUAUUGAGUGUGACUUUUUAAGUCUGCUGCAUAGGUUUGAUAGUUAAUAUGUUGUACCGAUAAAUAGAGGAUCCAAGAAGGAGAUAGCAUUUCAUUUCUGGAUCCUUUUUUUAUACUUUUAAGAAUAUAUGUUCAUCAAAUUUUGUGGCCCAGUACCAUCUUUACUAUGGUCUGGCAUAUUGUUUUAGCAUUUACAUAGAACAUGUGCAGGACUAGAACAUGAAUUUUUCACACAGUGUGGUAUGACAUAGUAUGUUCACACAUACUAUUUCCCUAGUGUAAGAUGUGCAUGGCAUAUUAUUGUGUAAUGGUUACAUCUGUUAUUGCGUUCAGGUAGACACUGCUUACGUAAAAAUAUUUAUAGACGACAUAGAGAGAGUAUCGGAGAUACUUACAACUUUGCCAACAAUCUUCUUACUUAAUACAGAUAUUUUUGUUCUUAGCAUCAGCUUUUGUUAACUCAAUUAGUGAGGGAAUGGUCAUUUUGGAGCUCUGGACACGGAUGUAAGAUACUUGGAUGUGACUGAUCGUUACAUGUUCUUUUUCCAGGCCUGCACAAAAAAGUGAUAUCAAAUGAGAUGUUUUGUACUAAGUGCUACAAAUAUGUUUGAGUAAUUCUAGAUCAGAUAUGUUAUUCCAGCAUUAAUAGAUGUGAACUUUUCUAUACUUAAAUUGCAUUGAUGACUGCAUGCAUGUGAAGAAAUAUGUGUAAAGAUGAAUGUGAGGGAAUGGAUGAUUGGUUGGACAGAAAUAUGGACACCAAUAUUAAUUUAUUCUGUAAAAAAGAGUAGAUUCAACAUUUAAUUACUGAUGUGAUCAGUAAUACUAAUUAAUAUUCAGUAGAAAGUGACAAGAUUUUGAGCGAAAUAUUGAAUCCAAUAUUUUAAUGUAGACUCUGCCACUCCUUUAUGGUUCUUGACUUAUCAUAAUUCUUAAAUAUUUAUAAUACUGUAUUUUCACAUACCAGUGGUAGCAUGUGACAUAUACCUCUGUGUUGGCCCCUGUUUGCUAAGAUUUAAAACUUAGAACAUGUGCAUUAGAAACUAAUUUUUCUGGAUCACUGGAUUGUUUCAACAUUUUGACACAGAAUACAGAUACAUUUUACAACAGAUGGUGGCUUCUGAAACAUCUUAACUGAUUAAGAUUUGAGGUUUUGUGGGUGGUGAAAAUUCAAAUUGCGAUCUUCUGGGCCAUAACAAUAUGUAGAUUCAUCAGGCUACUUGAAUUUUGAAAUGAUUUAAAAAAUUGCUGUUCGUGUUUAAUACUAGUACCACCAGGAUGUGUUCCCAACAUUUCAAAAGAUCCUGUUACAUUCAUAUUCAGGGUAGAAGUAUAUCUGGGAUGUAGGUGGUUGCAUAUGGCCGUUCCUGUUCCCCAUUUCGUGUUAGCCCACCAAAGACUCCAUCUCUUUUCUCUGCAUUCCUCGCUCUUAUUGACCAAUCUUGUUUCCUUCAGCCUGACAUCUCCACCAUCUCCAUAUAACCCAGCAACAUUAGAUCUCUACUGACUUAUACCCUGAAGGUGGAGGUGGCAUAUUCUUCUGAAAUAUUUGUAACUAUGUAUAUGAUUGUAAGAUGUCACAACAUAGAAUCCACAAUCCAAAUCAUCAUCACUUGUUGAGAUUGCCUCUAUGGAGGGGCAAACAUUGCAGUUGCAUUGUUGGCACUCCUGUUCUGUAGAGUCCCAGGUUUGAUUCUCCACCUGGAAGCCUGGAGCACCCAUUCAGAUGGCAGGUCAGAACUGUUUGCACAAGGGAACACAACCUCCAGGCAUGGUGUAACUCUGUGGUCAUCCUGGCUGCCCACAAGUAGACCUCAGUGUUAAGACUCCAGUGGAUUGAAGUAGGCCAUAACCACAUUCUUCCUCCGAGUUCAUGAUUCACAUUUAUCCUCAUUCAUUGCUCUGUGUAAUCAGUGUAGGUAGUCUACAGACAGCAGAGAUGAAGUUACUCUUCAGUAUUAAGAUGUGAAUAAGAAGGUAUGAAAUAUGAAAUGAGGAAGUAAAAGUACUACAGGAAAAGUUGAUCAAAUUAAGCAGAUGGUAUUGUGUAUAUAUUACAUAUGGGUAAAUGCUGGAUACCUGCGAAUAUUAAAAAAAAUGAAUAUGCUUAAUAAAUGAUCGCUAAGGAGGUGGUUAAAAGACGUGAGAUAAGAGAAUAGAAGAAAGUUUGAAAAUGGUGGCCACAUUGUAAAUGGUCAUUGUAUUCUAAGAUAAAAGUUUGGAUGCCAUAUGUCAACUCUGAGUAAUAAAAAGACUGUCAGGGAAUCGUGACAUCCAGUAACACUUCAGUUGUUUGUAUUUAUGUAUGUAUAUGGUUAUAGUAACUUGUCUGACUAGUAGAAUGUUGCAAGCAGGUUGUGCUCCUGAUUUUGAAAGGUCUGCCACAUGUUGUAAUGAAUAUCACUGAAAUCACAACCUUAACAUAAAAUACAUUCUGCUCGUAAUACUUAUUUGAAAACAC